CUUAAAACUAUCACACCAAGCUAAAUCUUAUAAUUUCAUUAAAUUGCAGUAUGUCAUCGGAUGAAUCUGCAUGUAUCAUAUCAGCUCCGUGUUCAACAGGGACCAAGCGAAUCCCGAAAGCAUGCAGUUCCUGUAGACAAUCAAAAGUGAAAUGUGAUGGAAAGAAGCCGUGUACAAGAUGUGAUAAAUUAAAAAAGAGAUGCGUAGUUUUUGAAGCCCCUAAAGACCCCAUCACAGCGAGGCUGGAGACGGUCGAAUCUGAAGUGCAGCAUCUCCGGGAGCAACUUGAUGAAAUGCAUCAGCUUCUUUUUCGGCGUAACUCGCAACCGACCCCUACUUUGUUGAAUAUCGUCGACCAAGGGCAGCAGCAGAGUACAUCCACUUUACAAGAUGUUUCAGACCCUCUGCUUCGGGCACCCGGGCAGCCAGAGAUCGUUCAUAGAACGAAGCGGAAACGCUCUGAGGCUGAGAUACAGAUUUUGAACGAACCGAUUAUGGAUUUCGUUUCAAAGGGGUUGAUCACUGUUGAAUGUGCUAUGUUAUGUUUUCGGACGUUCUUCAAUGGAUGUGAUCGGUACAUCCCAGUUUUUGAUCCGGAAUAUGACACUUUUGUUUCAGUGCGCUCUCGAAGCAUGAUCCUCUUUAACGCCAUCUGCACAAUAGGUUACCGGGUCAAGAUGAAAUCCCAAUCCCAGACCUCAGACAUCUUACAUGCAGAGCUCAAGAAAUCAAUCAGUGUCAUAAUCCAAAACAAGAAUCUGAACUCUCUCGAAUCCGUCCAAGCGAUGCUAAUCGCGGCCUGUUACUCCGCUGAACGCUCUUUGCUCCUCUCAUUCGCAACCCGGAUGGCCCUAGAUUUGAAUAUGGACAAGGCUUUCGAGAAGAUCGUACAGCGUUUCGCUAUGAGAGAAACGAAUGUGUAUCAUGGUCCCGAGGAAGAUCGUUCUCUAAUGCGAGAAUCUAGGACUUGGUUUGGCCUUUUGGUUUUGGAGCAUAUAUUCCGUGUUGAUGGAGGUAAACCACCUGGGAUUCAAUUCGGAGGGAGCGCGCGUCGAUGCAGGGUUCUGCUCAGCCAUACGUUGUCUACUGUUUUGGACUUGCGUCUUUUUGCGCAGGUUGAGUUAAAUAUCAUGAGAGCAAACAUCAAUGACACGUUAGGCUCGAAAACACUCGACAGGUUGGACAUCACGAGCUUUGUACACGAGACCAAGAUAGAUCUUGAUCUGUGGUUUGAUGACUGGCUGCGAAUUAUCGAGAGCUCACCCACCGCAACCGAAGAAAAACCCUUCCUUCUAGCCGCCCUACGCGUACAGAAAUGCUGGGCCGAGCUCACUCUCCAUUGCAAAGCCCUACAAUCCAUGGGCGUCGAGAAUGUCGCAGCAAUAUCUCCCACAGAACAAUCCAUCCUCCUAACAGCGAAAGCCGCCGCCAAAAAGCACCUCGCCCUUAUAAUCACAGAGCCAGACCACUACCUUGCCCAACUGCGUUACGCGAUGGACUUUGUCUGGGCAAAGUGCGCAUUUUGUUUCCUCCUUCUGCUCAAGUUAUCACGACUCCUUCCUGAACGGGAAGAAGAGCAUAGGGAAUUGCUGAGAAAGGGCGAGACGCUACUUGAGGAAUUGUCAAAGGCUGGAUCUGGGAAUACUGUUUAUUUACGGAUUCUGAAGAUGAGUAUUGAGAAAUAUAGGCGGAUAUUGCAAGACGAUAAUCAGAUACGUACGGAAACAGGUACAGAGACCACAGGUCCGUUUUGGGAACUGUUCGAUGUGCAAACAGAUUUGCAGUCGUUUGUACCAGAACAGUUUGUGUCUGAGUGGGAGUUUCCGGGGCUGAAUUUGUUUUAUUUUCCGAUUGCGUGGCAUGAUUUCUUUGGGGAUUUUUCGUUGACGAUUUGAUUCGGUUUGUUUUCAUUCGUUUCAGCUGCAUUUGCUAUAUAUAUCGAAAAUGUCCAAAAAAAGGGGCCGGGUGCUGAAGGUAUAGACAGAUUUCAACCUGCUUUUUUGACCAUGUUGAUUACGAAGCGUAA